CAAAAAUCGCCAGUGAAAUCAAUCUGAGUUAUGAAGGAAAAUAUCUACUGGAUCCACGUUAUAUGACCAAAAGAGAUUUACAGUUCUACUAUCGCUAUUACAACAUGACCAAAAAACGAAAACAUUUCAAAAAAAUUAUUUUUGUCAUACUGCUGCUUUGCUUCUUCUCCUACAUCUUUAUUGACUUCAACUUGAAGACCAAACUAAUUAAUUUGAAAGAUCGAUUUGAGUUCAUCGCUCGCAUCGAUGCCGACUACAAUAUCACUCAGGCGUACUUCAUUGAUCUGCCGGGAUGUCGGAUGCCUUACUUUCCCGUAACCGAUGACAAUAUAAUACAAUUCAUGUUUAGACCUAGAAACUUCACCUGCAGGAAAGCUUUACUUCGCACCAUGGGCACGAAUAGCCUAGCACUAAAUGUAAAUGAGAAGGAGUUGCAAGACAUAUACAAAGUGAACAAUUUGGCCGAAAUCAAUUGCAAUUACAGUGAGGUGGUGCGUAUCGACGAUCAGCGCAAUAAAUAUUUGGAUUCUGUGUCAUUUCAGUUAGUCCUCAAUGGAAGCGUAACUCUCAAGUCCAAUAUGGAAUAUGUCAUGGUGGAAUGUUGGAACAAGCAGCUCCAGAGCAUUUACAAGGAUUUUCAUUUUUUUGUUCUGUAUGACAAUGAGGAGAAAAAGAUGGAGGCAGUUGUAAUGGGAAACUCAGAGGCGCCCAUCGAGAAUCUCAUUGAAGUGAAUGAAAAGUCCGCAUCUACUGAGGACAGAAAACCACACAAAAUUACCAAAGAAAACCCGAGCGAUAGUCCAAUUUCUGUCAUGAUGCUGGGCAUAGAUAGCGUAUCGCACCUGAACUUUCUGCGUCAGAUGCAUUCCAGUGCAUCGUACAUACAUCGCAAACUCAACUACAUUGAAUUUUGGGGUUACAAUAAAGUGGGCGACAACACGUAUCCAAAUUUGAUCCCCACACUGACGGGAUUCGAUGCCGAAGAACUGGACUUGUCUUGUUUGGGACCACCCAAGGGUCAUUUAAGUGUUUAUGACAAGUGCUCUCUAAUAUGGAAGCGUUUCAAGGCUGCAGGAUUCAAGACAAUUUAUGGCGAGGAUGUUGGCUACUUGAGCCUCUUCAAUCGACAGCAGUCCGGAUUUAAGAGGAAGCCUACCGAUUUCUACUUGCGUCCUAUUUUACUCGAAAUGGAACGUUAUGUGGCCAGCGAGAAAACAGUGAAUGUGGCUCUGUGCAUGGGUGGUCGACGCACCGUCGAUGUGUUAUUCGAAUACAUCCGAAAGUUGUUACCGCUAAUGAGCAGAGAAAAGUUUUUCGCCUUCUUCUGGGCCGUAACAAUGACACACGACCUAUUUAAUAUGCCAAUAUUGCUCGACGAAGACCUUAAGCAACUGCUGGGAGCAUUUGAAACAAGUGGAGUUCUAAAUCGCACCAUUGUGCUGCUGAUGAGCGACCAUGGCAUACGCUGGGGAUCUUUUCGUAAAACAUAUCAGGGCAUGAUGGAAGAACGUCUGCCCCUUCUUAUUACCCUGUAUCCGACAUGGUUCAAACAAAAGUAUCCCGAGGCUGUGGCAAAUAUGGAAUUGAAUGCAAAACGCUUGACAACACCCUUCGAUUUACAUGCCACAAUGUUCGAUCUGUUGGACCUGAGACAAAUCCAGGCGAAUCGACUUAAAAUGCGCACCGCCGAACUUAAUGAUCCUGACACCAACUUGCCGCGCAGCAUCAGCCUCUUCCUGCCCAUACCCAUUAACCGGACUUGUGAGCAUGCUGGAAUUGCGUCGCACUGGUGCAGCUGUCACCAGCGACAGGAGUUACCUACUAACGAUGCUAGGGUCCAGAGGGCCGCUCGUUAUAUUGUUAAACUAAUCAACGACCGUUUAAAAGACCAUCCGCAAUGCCGAGUGCUGUAUUUGAAUUCAAUAAUGGACGCCACGGUGUCGCAACCCCACCACAAAAUCGUCAAGGAGCUUGGCAUAAGCGACUACACCAUCGACAUCACUUUGCGCCUACAAACCAAACCCGGUCUCGGUCUGUUCGAGUCUACAGUACGUCUGGACACAAACUACGGCACGGCCUUAACCGGCACCAUUAGCCGCAUCAAUCUCUACAGUAGUCAGUCGUAUUGCAUCGACGACUAUGCCUUAAAAAUGUUUUGUUACUGCCACAGAUAAACU